AUGCCUUCCUUUUAUCUAGCAUUGUCAAUCAUUUUCCUCUUUGUUUUCAACUCUCACGCAGAGGAUCUUGCACUGUCUUCUCAAACUGGAGCCUGCAAUGUCGGCCAACUGUACUGUUUUCACCAGAUCACAGAGGAUAUUCCACUGGCGGUGAUGGUGGUUCGUGCUGGUCUUGCAACAUACCCUUCUACGGCUGCCAAUGCACAAGUCAAUGUCGAAAAGCUGUCUUCCGUUGCGAUGAUUCGUACAGAUAUACAUACUCACACUCUUGUCUUCAGUGGAACUGUGCCGCAGGAGAAUGUCAUGAUUCGCCAACUCCACUAA